CUCCGAGGGUCCAUGGACGAGCCCAGGGCCUCAACUCGGCCACGUAGCAGAAGUUCUACAGUGAUCACACGGCCAUAAAUACGCCGGCGAAGCAAGACGAGAGCAGUGCUGUACUGAUCGAAGAUCAGCGAGAAGGGGACAGACACAUGAGGAGGAGGGAGUGCGGCGCGAAGGAAGGGUUGAAGAGAGGAGCGUGGACGAGCAAGGAGGACGACGUCUUGUCAGCCUACGUCAAGGCCCAUGGCGAAGGCAAAUGGAGGGAAGUGCCCCAAAAAGCCGGUUUGCGGCGGUGUGGAAAGAGCUGCCGUCUGCGGUGGCUGAACUACCUCAGGCCUAACAUCAAGCGCGGCAACAUCUCCCACGACGAGGAGGAGCUCAUCAUCCGGCUCCACAAACUCCUCGGCAACAGGUGGUCUCUGAUUGCAGGCAGGCUGCCGGGCCGAACAGACAAUGAAAUCAAGAACUACUGGAACAGCACGCUGAGCCGGAGGGCCGGAGCCGGCGGCGGAGGCAGCAGGGUCAGCACGCCCGACGCCGGCUCCCACACCACUCCGGCAGCGUCGGCCAGCUGCGAGACCGGCCAGACAGGUGCUCCUCGCGCGGACCCCGACUCCAGUCCCGCCACCGGGACGGCCUCGGCGGUCGUGUGGGCGCCCAAGGCCGUGCGGUGCACGGGCGGCCUCUUCUUCCACCGGGAGACGUCGCCCGCGGCCGAGAUGAGAGGAGACGGAUCAGACGAUUGCAGUUCGGCGGUAUCGACCUUCACAGGAGCUGAUGAGCCGUGCUUCUCCGGCGGCGGCGAUUGGACGGACGACGUGAGAGCCCUGGCGUGGUUCCUCGAGUCUGACCCGGAGUGGGUCGGUUGUCAGAUGGCCGACCCGCUGGCGUAGACAGCAAGUACAUAACUACGUAUACGUAUGCUUCCAAAAAAGACAUACCUACAAAUACAAAAAAAGUACGUACGUGUGGAUGUAUGUGUGAUCGCGGUGAUCUGGUACGUGUGGACAUGAUGUAUUCGCGUGGUAGGUGCAGAGUCAGAUGUGUACAAUAACAUGUGGGAGGCGUUACAAUAUUUUGCAGUCUGGUGUCUGAUUUACUGUUCAUGGAAAAUACUGCAACGAUUACUUUGUAGCAACAAAACCUUG